AUGUCUUAUAAUAGACGAGCUUGUGUCUCUCAUCGAAAAAAUUUAGAUCUUUUUCAUAAUAUUAAAAAACCCACCCCGAUAUCAAAAGAUACCGUUAAUAAUAAACAAUUUCAUGCAACUCAUACAUAUAACCAAUGGCAUAAUUAUAACAAAAAACACAUUUACUCAAAUCGUCUUGGAAUUUCCUACGAUGUUUCAUAUUUAGCCAAUGGAUACAAAUACCUUCACAUGUACAAGGACCGUCGUAUGUAUCGUAAACGAUUGGACAAUUUCUGCUCACACCACUCCGAUAGUAGUAAAAGGAGUAUAAAACAAAAAUCCCGCUUUCAGCGGGCAUGUAGAUCCAUUUUCUACAAUCGUGGUAAUAAUAAAAAAUCUCAUCACAGUGUGGAUAAUCUUGAAGAUAAACUUCACCGUGCUAGACAACACCGAUUCCUAUUUUUACCUUCACAACAUAUUAAUAAACCUAUACAACAUUUAAAAUAUCACAAGAGACUAGUGCUCAGAGAUGAAAUAUACUAUAAUUUUCCUAUACCUCCUGAAUCACUCGGGACUCGAGCUGCAAAUACUUGGCAUGACAAGUUGGGCAUUUGGAUUCCUAACGACCUCUUCCCUUACGUAACCGAUGAACCUGUUUAUAUAUCUAAAAGACAGGCAAAACUCAAAGGUCAACAAUACGCACCAGGAAGUAUGGACUGGUUAAAAGGUAUUAGAAAACGUAAAGAAGCUCACGAAUUAGCUAUGCGACAACAAAAUGAUCGAGAUGCAAGCGAAGCUGCACGUCUUCUUUAUGAAGAAGAACUUUCUACUAGAGCUAAACUCUGGGGUACCUCUUCCAACAGUAUAGAAUACCGUGAAGAAAUGACCAAAGAUCUCACUAAUUUUCAAGAACAUUUUCACAAAAAAAUCACCACUUUAACUGAUCGUCGAACAGUUCUACAAAACAGAAUUAAACAGGGAAAAUCUGUUUAUAAAUCUAACAAACAAUUGCUCCAACUAGAACAGGAAUUAGGUCUUUUCAAAAUCGACUAUUUUUCAGUCAUGGACGAUAACGCAUACCAUUAUCGUUAUAAAGGACACACAUCAGAUGACACAAAAAAACUUGAAUUCAGACCACAUAAACGCCCUCCCACUUCGUCUACAAAUACAGACAGGCACGUCACUCACAUCAAGAAAUUGAGAUCAGAUACACUGCCUACAGAAGACUUUAAAGUCUUCACUUCACCAUAA